AUGGAGCUGUUUGAGUCAAAUAAGAUGCUUGCUAUGUAUUGUAGAGUGAACUUUAAUGGUGAUGAAGCUUUUGAGGUGAUGGGGAGGCAAGAUAGGCAUACUGUAUACCUAUCUAGGCAGAUGUGUACUUGCAGAGCAUGGGAUUUAACAGGAAGCCCAUGCCAACAUGCUAUCUGUGCAAUGUAUCAUGCCAAAAUUAACCCCAGAACCCAAAUUUCCCAUUAUUAUCACAAGGAUACCUACCUAGCUUCGUACCGAGCAAAGCUUCAACCUGUAAGGGGUAAACAAUUUUGGGACACUACAACUUUCCUCCCUAUGCAACCUCCACCGGUCACUAACUUGCCUGGCAGACCAAGAAAGAAGAGAAUUAGAAUAGAGGAAGCAGAAAGAAGGAAGAAGAAGUCUGGUUAUGGUGCAGACCCAAUCCUAAUGCCCGUGACUCCUCCAACUAACCAGAGUCAACCACCUCAUGCAGAAAAAUUAAGUAAAACUGGCAAGCAUCACAAAUGUGGGAUUUGCAAUCAAGAAGGGCAUAACAGAAGUACAUGUAAACAGGUAAACCACUUCACAUAA